AUGGUGGGAAAGACUGAUCAACAUACCGGUCCUAGCAAGAGUGGAGUAGACACAGCUCCUGCCUUCUCCCAAAAAGACACACUUCCUGCCUUCUCCAAGAAAGACAGCGCUCCUGCCAAGACCAAAAGAGUCAUAGCUCCUGCCAUCUCCGAAAAAGACACAGCUCCUGCCAUCUCCAAAAAAUACACAGCUCCUGCCAAGAGUCAAAAAGAAACAACUUCUGCGAAGAGUACAAAAGUCACAGGUCCACAAACAAGAAAGGUAACGAAUAAGAGAAAGGAAGUACUUUAUAGACCUGGGAUGCUAGAACUUGGAACUAGGCGGCUGCGAAAAAAAAAAUUAAUCACCGAUGAUCCGCUUAUUGAUUUACCUGGAGUAAACUUGUCUCUAUCACCAGGAAUUGAUGUUCAUUUGAGUACACAAGAUUACUUGCAAAGCUGCUUCCCAGACCUUUCACAGGAUACAUUUGUAGAGGGUUUUGAUCCUUCUCAGCCUAAAAUCGAUGAUCCUUUGGCUUUCUCGUCUCCAGGAACAUCAGAGAAGAUAGAUGUUCGGGAAUUAAAUGACUAUCAAGUUGCAUGA